UAUAGGACCGCGGUCAGGAGCGAGCAGUCCGAAAUCCUCAAGCAUAUACAUAUAAUACGCAGAGCGUCAAAAAAAAAAAUGUAACAUAUAUAAAUAUAUAUAGAGAGAUGUAGGCGCGCACAAGGCCGUCAGGUGGGAAAAGAUUUAUUUUCUUUUUAACUCGUACGACGAGUCAUCCAGCGUAAAGUGUUAACUGGCUGUUCCUGCUGCUGUCAAGAAUGCCAAGUGUCAGUGCAAUACAAUUGAAUGAUAAAAUAUUAAGUGUAUAAAUACCUUGUACACCUGUUUAUGUUUGUGUUUAUGUUGUUUUGGUGUUCCAUUUUGCAUUCAAAAUCAUGGGGCUCCAUCGCAAUCCGGAUGUCCGAGUUCCCUAGAGAGCAUCAAGGACACCACUUUCACUGAUAAUUAAAACCAUUAUCAUUAUUCUUUUUUUUUUUUUAUGAUUGUUUGUACAUGUAUAUUUAUUUGUAAAUUUAAAGUUUGUGAGGAUUAAAUGAUAAUAGUGGCCCAAUGGAUGAAUUUUUGAGGAGGUUUAUAAAAAUUAUCAACAUUAAUACUUGAUGCUUGUAGCAAAGCAUCCGUUCUCUUUGGAAAAACAAACUUAAUAACACGAAAAAGUCACAUCUUACUCCAAUCUCACUAAUAAUUCAGGUUUCUUAAUAGAAAAAAGUAAGUUAUAUGGCUUUUAAAGCUAAUUUGCAGAGUAACAGUAGACAUAGAUUGUUGUUAUUCUCUUGACUGGUACAAAUUUUUGGUGGAAAAGAGUUUUCUAAGAAGCAGCAAAGAUGAUGGACUCCACUGACAGAGGGUUGAGUCUUGAUGGCAGCAACUUAUCAAUGAGUUCAUUAGGGCCUCAAAGUCCACUUGAAAUGAAACCUGAUACAGCUAAUUUAAUGAACACUGGAAAUUUCAGUCCUGGACCAAAUAGCCCUGGGUCCUUGAAUAUGGGUUGUCCCACUAACUUAGUUAGCAAUUCGCCUGGUAAUCACAGCAAAGGUGGAGUGGUUUCGCCCUAUCCCCCAAAUCAUCCCCUCUCGGGGAGCAAACACUUAUGUUCGAUUUGCGGAGAUCGAGCCAGUGGCAAGCACUAUGGAGUUUACAGUUGCGAGGGCUGCAAAGGCUUUUUCAAGCGAACGGUACGAAAGGAUCUGAGUUAUGCCUGCCGGGAAGAGAAGCGCUGCCUGAUCGAUAAGCGGCAGCGAAACCGCUGUCAGUAUUGUCGCUACCAAAAGUGCCUGACAAUGGGCAUGAAGCGCGAAGCCGUUCAGGAGGAGCGCCAGCGCACGAAAGAGCGCGAGCGCGAUGCUGCCGCUGCGCCCGGUCCAGCCAACGGUCACGACACUGUAGCCGAUAGUUGUACCAGUAGCAGCAGCAGCGGCGGGAUCCCUGGUGCCACGGUUCACGCGGACAUGCCGAUCGAGCUGUUUCUCGAGGCGGAACGAUGCUUUGAGCAACUAUGCGAGAAGCAGUCGAAUUCGCACGAUCAGUAUGGCGCCAAUAAAAUCGGCAACAUGCACGCACGGCACAUGGUCGAGUGGGCGAGGCGGGUGCCCCACUUCACGAACCUGCCCCUCGAGAAUCAGGCGCUCUUGUUACGCUCUGGCUGGAACGAGUUGCUAGUCGCUGCGUUUGCGUACCGCUCGAUAGACGUCGAGGAUGGUAUCGUCAUCGCCAAGGGCUUCAUCUUUCACAAGACUCUUGCCCAGCAGGCAGGCGUCACGUCCAUUUUCGAGCGUAUCGUCAACGAGCUCGUCCACAAGAUGAAGAGCAUGCGCAUGGACAAGACGGAGCUCGGCUGCCUGCGCUCCAUCAUCCUGUUUAACCCGGAGGUGCGGAACCUGAAGACCCCCAUCGAGAUCGACUCGCUGCGCGAGAAGGUCUACACGGCCCUUGACGAGUAUUUGCGGAUACACCGGCCCGACGAGUCUGGUCGCUUCGCCAAGCUUUUGCUCAGACUGCCCGCGCUUCGCUCAAUCGGUCUCAAGUGCAGCGAAAACAGAUUUUUCUUACAGCUACUUGGUGAACCGCCCCACGAAGAUGUUCUCGCCAAUAUGCUUGAAGCCCCCUCCGAUCUGUCAUCGUAGUCCUUAUAGAGUCUACAAACGCUUCGAAAAUUCCCCCAAAAUUCACCCUCGAUUAGUUACUUGCGUUGCUUUGUAAACGGCAUUUUACACACCCUCACGUACUCCUUUAUCUGUAACACCUCGUUACUAAAUUAUUUGCGCACACGCGAAUAGGCGAUGCGUAAUGCGUAUUAUGCUGCUGUCAAUGUGCUUUUCGUUGUGUAUAUUUUUGGGCACAGCGACUAUCUGUUAUCUUAACUUUGGACUUUAAAUAAGUUUACGAAAAAAUGCAUAAUCCAGCUGUAUAGCUGAAAACUCUGUUUUCCAGCAUUAAAAAUUCCACGGUUAUACUUAGUUACUUUGACACUAAUCGAUUGUCAAAGUGACCGUCGACAAAAUCGGCAAGAUCAAUUUGCCGUGUAGAUUAUAUCAUUGUUUCUCAAGUGUUACAUUGAGUAAAGCCUUUUACUUAUUCAUUAAGUUUAUAGUUUUAUAAAUAUAAUUGAAUAUAAUAGUAUUUUAAACUUUUAUUAAGACUGUAAGUUUAUUAGAAUGAUGAUCGAUUGUAAUAGACUAUUAUUAACGUUUUUCUAAAAAAUUAUAAAUAUUACGCAAUUGUUUGCCAAAAGUUAUUAUUUGAC